UUUAAAAGUGACUUUCCAACCUUUCCUGUUUCAGUUGGAGACUUUGUUUUGCAAAAAAUAACUGAGGAUAUUGUUGGAAAUUGGGCUGAGACUGAACGAAAUAAAAAAAUUAAAGAAGCCCAAAUAAAAAGUAUUGAUUUGCCUCCAAAACGCAAAAACAUUAUAACACCUAAUCUGAAAUUCAAGAAAAUGAAGACAAUUCCACCUGCGUCAAGUACUGAUGCUGAUCUUCCACCCGUGCCAAUUUCCAACGAACUGUUGACUAUUGACGCUAAUUUACAAUUAGCUUCAGCUAUGAAAAGUCAAGAGUCUGAAACUACUAAUUUAAACGUGGCUCUUAAUGCUUCACAAUUACAAGAAGAAAACAUGAAAAAUUCUGGUAAAUUUAAUGAUUGGCAUUUGUUAAUAUUUAUGAAACUCAUAUAUAAUACUUUAUUUAGUCAAUAA